AUGGUCGCCGGUGGAGGAGCAUCAGUUGUGUUCACCGAUACAGUUUGCGAUCUUGGUGGUGCCGCUGAGUUGGCGAAUUACGGAGAGUACUCUGGCGAUCCAUCAGAAACUCAAACAUUUGAAUACGCUAAAACUUUGUUGUCUGUGAUGACGGAAGGUGCGCCACAUCCAAAGGGCAAAGUACUCAUUAUUGGAGGAUCUAUUGCCAACUUCACAAACGUCGCAAAGACUUUCGGCGGUAUCGUGCGAGCUUUUGAAGUGUAUGUUGAGCGCCUACGUGAACACAAAGUGACUGUCUUCGUGCGCCGUGGUGGUCCCAACUAUCAAGAAGGCCUCAGAAGAAUAAAAGAUGCAGCGCAGAAACUGGAGUUACCAAUCCAUGUAUUUGGUCCGGAAACACAUAUGACUGCUAUUGUUGGAGCGGCACUCGGCAUUCACGACCUCCCAGCAGUGCCACACGUUCCACAAACUACUGGGCAGUUCCUGUUGAGCCCAGAAAGAAAUACGGCUGGAGGAGUGCGUGCCACAUCUCGGCACCCGUCUAAUGAUCUAAAUUCUGACCCGGCUGCUGGUGACUCUACGACUACGGCAGUUAUGAGUAAUUCCGACGAGGCACACAAGCUGUACGAGAGCCUGUUCGAGAACAAUUCAAAGGCUAUUAUCUGGGGCCAACAGCAAAAGGCUAUCCAGGGAAUGCUCGACUUCGAUUAUGUUUGCCGUCGUCUGGAACCAUCAGUGGUUGCGUCGACUUAUCCCUUCACGGGUGACAAUAAACAGAAGUACUACUUCGGACACCGCGAGAUCCUGAUUCCGGCCUACAAAUCCAUGGCUAAAGCGUUCGCGACGCAUCCGGAUGCAAGCAUCCUUGUCACUUUUGCAUCACUACGAUCUGUCUACGAAACGGUGCUUGAGGCUCUGCAGUUCACGCAGAUCCGUGUGAUUGCCAUUAUUGCCGAAGGUGUGCCAGAAAAUCAAACGCGCAAGCUUAUCAAGAUGGCGUCAGAGAAAGGUGUCACCCUGAUUGGCCCUGCUACUGUCGGUGGAAUUAAGCCAGGAUGCUUCAAGAUUGGAAACACUGGAGGAAUGAUGGAUAAUAUCCUUGCAUCAAGGCUCUAUCGUCCAGGAAGUGUGGCAUACGUUUCUCGUAGUGGAGGAAUGUCGAACGAGCUGAACAACAUUAUUGGUGCGAACACGGAUGGUGUUUUCGAGGGUAUUGCCAUUGGUGGUGAUAGAUACCCAGGGUCCACUUACACUGACCAUAUUAUGCGAUAUCAGAAGGACGACAGAGUGAAAAUGAUGGUACUGCUUGGCGAAGUCGGUGGUGUUGAGGAGUACAAGAUUGUUGAAGCACUGAAAGACGGAAGAAUCACGAAGCCACUAGUGGCGUGGUGCAUCGGAACUUGUGCGGACCAUAUAACCUCUGAGGUGCAAUUCGGACAUGCAGGUGCAUCUGCAAACGCUCUCGGGGAGACGGCGGCAGCUAAAAACGCAGCUCUGAAAGAGGCCGGUGCACGUGUGCCCCAUUCAUUCGAUGAUCUUGGAAAACUUGUAAAGGAGACUUUCUCUGAGUUGGUUGACCAGGGCAUCGUGGUAAUUCGGCCGGAAGUUCCUCCACCAGCUGUACCAAUGGACUAUGCUUGGGCUAGAGAACUUGGUUUAAUCCGUAAACCAGCGUCGUUCAUGACAUCAAUUUGCGACGAACGAGGCGAAGAGCUUAACUAUGCUGGAGUUCCAAUAACCAAAGUGCUAGAGCAGGAUAUAGGAGUUGGCGGUGUGCUCGGCUUGUUGUGGUUCCAAAAACGACUUCCCUGCAUACGCCAACAAAUUCAUUGA